CACACACUCCGACUACUCUGCUGUUGCUGGCGCGGUCGCAUUCUACAUACAUGUAACACGCACCCUCUUUCAAGCUGUCUUUCUCUUCCCUCUCACACUUCCUCCCCAGGCUUCGGCCUCGGAUACCACACACACGCCUGCGAUGCAGCUCCGGUAACACAGGCGCCGGCCGGGUGGCUCACUACCAGACUCGCGGCUUCGUGACGAGCUGGAAGAAGGAGGAGGAUGCGCAGACGCUUGGCAGUCCAGACCCGUACGUCUGAGUGCCCGUGGGCGCAAUCAAGACUCACAGUCGACAGCAAAGACGCCAUGGACGGGCCGCCCCUCUCAUCCAGAGCAACCGACUUCUACCGCACGAACCCCGUCCUCAACCGCCGCAUACACAUCAUGGGCGUGGGCAAUGUGGGGAGCUUCAUCGCCCAUGCGCUGCGGGGCAUCCCGAACCCGCCUCCCGUCACGCUGCUCUUCUCCAACUGGGCCAAGUUGAGUGAGUGGAAUGAGUCGCCGCAGAGACUGUCUCUGGUCACCGACGGCGACACGGAGAUACGCGACGGGUACAGCGCCGAGAUUGCCAUACCGCGCAUACGCUACCAUGGGAAGGAAGUGGGACUGUCGGGCACAACGGAGAGCCUGUCUGCGCCUCAGAGCAAAUCGCUCGAAGGAGAGUCGACCGAGUCCAUCAGUUCGCUGAUUGUGUGCACCAAGGCCCCAUACGUCCUACAGGGCCUGUCUGCCGUGAAGCACAGACUGCACAAGGACUCUGUCGUCCUCUUCCUGCAGAACGGCAUGGGCACCGUGGAAGAAGUAAACCGAGAAAUCUUCCCCGAUCCUGCCACUCGACCACACUACAUGCUGGGCAUCAACUCGCACGGCAUGCACUCCGCCUCCUCAGGCCCAUUCACCACCGUCCACGCCGGCUUCGGCACAAUCUCCCUCGGCAUCCUCCCCCACGAGCGCGACCGCAAGCCAGACGCACCCUACGAACCAACCCAGAAAUUCUCACCACAACGCAAACAACCCCCCAAACCCCCGUCCACACAACCCACAGACCCCGACCUCCCGCCCCCCAAACCAGCAACCUUCGCCUGGACGCCCAACCAACGCUACCUCCUGCGCACCCUACUGCGCACCCCCGUCCUCUCCGCCGCCGCCUUCUCGCCCCCCGACCUGCUCCAACUGCAGCUCGAGAAGCUAGCCGUAAACUGCAUCGUCAACCCGCUGACCGUGCUACUCGACGCCCGCAACGGCGCCAUCCUGUACAACUACGCACUCACCCGCUGCAUGCGCCUCCUGCUCGCAGAAAUCUCCCUCGUCAUCCGCUCCCUGCCAGACCUGCACUACAUCCCCAACGUCGAGCACCGCUUCGACCCUGGGCGUCUUGAGACUAUCGUCGUGGGCGUUGCGCAGAAGACGAGCGGGAAUGUGAGUAGUAUGCUUGCUGAUGUGAGGGCGGGGAGGCAGACGGAGGUCGACUAUAUCAAUGGCUGGAUUGUGAGUAAAGGGGAGGAGUUGGGUGUGCGGUGUUUGAUGAACUAUAUGCUGUUGAAUCUGGUCAAGGGGAAGAAGAAUAUGAUUCAGAUGGAGAUGGGUGAGGGUGUGCCGUUUGUUGACGAGAGCAGGGAGAGGAGGGAUGGCGGGAUUAGGGUUAAGAGUGGUGUUGCUGUUGCGGGGGAGGGGAAUGAGAAGGAGAAGGAGAGGGGGAAGUUGUAGUGCAAAUAUGUGUUUUCUCGAUUCUCUUUCAAACCUUGCAAAAAACGGGAACAAAUCUUCGAUUUCUGAUCAUCAUGCAAAUGCUGAUAUUCACU